GGUCUCUUCGCCAUUGAUUUCAUGCCAUUUUGGUUGGAGCGUCAAAUGUACAAUAAAACUACACCAGGCCUGGGCGACAUGGUAUCUGUAGCAGUAAAGAUACUUUCAAGGAAUCCCAAGGGCUUUGUUCUGCUCGCUGAAGGCGGCCGUAUUGACCACGCUCAUCACGUCAAUCUUGCGCAGCUCGCUUUGCAGGAGACCAUGGAAUUUGAAGGUGUUGUUAAGAAGGUAGCGAAAAGUCUUCCCGAAAAUGAGACGCUUAUCGUCGUUACGGCAGAUCAUUCUCACACUUUAAAUAUUGCUGGUCACCCACCUCGCGGAACAAACAUAUUGGGUUUUGGCGGUAAGACAGAGACCAAAACACCUGUCGAAUACACAAUUCUUUCCUACGGCGUUGGACCAGGAGGAUAUAGACCACUCGUGAAUGUGACAAUGCAAAACACAACGGACAUUUACUUCAUGCAGCAAGCGGCCUUUCCGACCAAGUUUGCUCCUCAUGGGGGUGAAGACGUGGCCGUGUACGCUACGGGGCCUUGGGCACAUCUCUUCACUGGUGUCCAAGACCAGACAUUCAUUCCAUACGCCAUGGCCUAUGCAGCUUGCAUAGGACAGUUCAAUGGUACCGAGUGCCAUCAGUGCAAGAGGUCAACAAAGUAGUGUCGAUAAAAAUUGAUUUUGUGUGAG